UUAAGCGAGCGGUUACGCGUCACCUUCGAAUUUUCCCACAUAAUUUCCCAGGUUACGUGUCAAGGAGCAAAGAUUACCACUCGAACGAUUCGCUAAUUAAAGGCCGAAGCUCAAGUGUCAAGUGUCAAAGUGUCUUACAGAUAUAUAUAUAAAGUAAUAGAGCCAAAAAAUGUCAGCAAAUGUUGGCCAAGUUCUGCCACAAAACGAGCAACAAAUCACAUUUUGAACCUGGCCAAUUGCCAGUUGAGGGAAACCCACAAAAGCGAUAGCAACAAGAACAACAACAACAAAGGCCAUGUCGAGUGGCAGCCUGCUGGACGUCCUUUGCAGUGGGAGUGGCGCCCGUUUGGCCCUGGGAACCUCGGUAAUCUCGUAUCUGAUUGUCUACAAUGAGGCCUCCGCUCCGAGCCUUCUGUUCGCCGUUAUUUUGGCCACCAUCUAUGGCACCAUGUCGGCACGUUGCAAAACGAGUCUUCGCAGCCUGCAAAUGCCAUAUGUGAGGGCCACGAACAAAUUUGACUUUGGCUGUUUGUUUUUGGCCACCUGGCUGGAUGCCUUGGCCGCCAUGUGUGCCUGUGCCGCCUUGGCAAGGACCCUCAGCGCCUGCUUGGAUGCCAUGACCGGUGGACUGGCCAGGAUCCUAAUAUUGGGCCGCAAUGCACCCGCGAAUGAGCCGUGGCCGGAUGUGCUCGGCGUUUCGGUGGUCUUCCUCGUCACCGGGAUGUUCAUGCUGGGCCUGGAGCACUCGAGGGCCUUCAGCCUCAUCCUGACACUCGGAAUGUUUGGCCUGAAUGCCAUUUUGAGCGCCGUCGGCUGGUGGCGGGGCGACAUGUUGGCCUGGUCUACGGAUAACUACUUCCAGCCCGACGGCAUUAGCAGCGUCUUCCUGGCCACUGCCCUGCUAACGUACUCCUUCCCCAGCGAUUGGCCACAUCAGCAUCGAAGUGGACGGUUUACGGCGACCUUAAUCACUGGAGUGGUCAGCAUUUCGCUGCUGCUGACAGCCAUUUGUCUCUCCACAGUGGUUCACUACAAAGCCCAUGAGGAUUAUGUAGCAGUACCAUUAUUUAAUGUCCUGGAUGAAAGUGGCUUCCAUAAGUUGGUGCCCGCCUCGGCUUGCAUGUUGCUACUCACAAGUUCGGCGGCUUUUUUGGAGCUAUUCCCAGAACUUUAUGGCAUUGUGGUGCGCUUGGCCACCUCCGAGUGGAGGAUCCUUUCCAAGCAGAUCAGUUACGAGAGCUCGGAGAGUGGAAAUCCCGUUCUGGCUGUAUUUAUUGCCGGCAGUCUGUGUGCCAUGUUGGCAUUCGCGUGUCCUUUGCAGCAUCUGAGUUACACAUUAGCCGCUGGUCACAUGGGUGGGGCAUUCCUUCGGGCCUUUUAUCUCCUCUACACCCCCUACAGACCCAAGUUCAUGGCGCCCAGCAGUGAGUCUUCACUGUCGUACAGUCGUCUGUCCACGGCACCGAUUGCCAAGAGCAGCAGUUACAGCAGUGCAGCAACUUCCAGUUCUAGUCGCCUGAAGAGGAGUCUCUGGAAGAUCGGUCUUCCCAAGCACAGUGGACUGAAGAAACCGAAGACGAAGCCCAGGAAUAAGCAGGAGCUGGAGAAGGAGUGGCUGCUCCUGGGCGAACCCACUUCGCCGUGUCCCCAACGCGAGGGAAGGGAUGUGGAGUCCACCAUUCUCUCCGAUGGAGAACCUCCGCCAUCUGAUUUUGAAUACCCAGACAAAUUUGACAAAAGCGAUUCGGACACCUCAACGGACAUUGAUGCCAUUGUGGAUGAGUAUCGCGAAAAGAUCAAGGUAACCACAGCUGGACCUCUGGAGCGCAGUGUGCGAGUGCCCACUGUGAGUUCGUGGCGCGUGACCAUAUUCGCCAUUGUGGUAAUUGGGCUGGGAAUUGCACUCUGCAUUGCCGGCUUGAUGAUGCACUGGGCGCCGGCAGCUUUGACAGGGGGAAUUGGAGUCCUUAUUGUGACCAUUAUGAUGGGUUUCAUACCCAAGUAUACGGGCAGUGUGAUCAACGUGAGUCCCGUGAUCUGUGGAAUGUCCUUGCUGAUGGGCGUGAUCCUGUUCAGCGAAUGUGCCGUGCAUUCCUGGCCGGGAUUGGUCAUCUGGAUACUGGCAGGACUCAUCCUGCUGAUAAGAUGCGAUAAAUACUGCUGCAAUUGCUUUGAGCACACAACCAUGCUGAAUGCCCAACUAAUCCCAAGUGUUUCGGGAAAAACCAAUGCAGGAUCUGCUUCAGGAUCGCUGUCCAACUUGGCGGGUCCUUCGACCAGUAUUCGGAUACCCCGACCGCCCAAGGGAGUGGGCGUGGUCGGUCUGCCGCAGCGCAUCAAUGGCCACAGAUGACAGUCGGAGUCCUCGGAGGAGGAGGGCGAGGACCUCUUCCACGAGGACUUCAAUGUGCGCGACUUCGACGAGGAGGACGACGAGGACUGCUGGACUGAUUAGCUUGUGCCGCCUUUGAAAUCCACUUUAGGGGAAACCAUUUACUUGCUACGCAGAUCUCCGGGAUGAUCUAGCUUCGAGCCACGUUUGCCUGAAACUUUCUAGCUAGCUAAAUUGUUUGUCGAAAUUUACCCAAGUAUUUACGUAACUCUAGCUAGGCGACUCUCUCUACAAAUAGGUUCCAAAUAAAAUUAAAUUUUUCGAAAUGAUA